AGGCCGUCCGCCGCAUGCCCACCUUCCCCCUUCGGUUGCCCUCGCGUGCAUUCUCCUGUCUCUCUCUCUCCGACGACUGGUGGGCUACCGCCGCCGCCGCCGCCCUACACCAGGUGCCCAGGCCUUCUCGGUCUCUUCGCCGGCGAAGAGCACCCACCAGUGUUGUUUCAGGAUCUACAGGGACCAUGGAUCAAGAACAAAAACUAGAAGUAUCUGAUGCCGUGUACACUUACAAGCAUCAUUGUAGCGUAGGAGUUGAUGUCCACGAGGUCUUUGUUAAGAGGAGCAGACUGCGGGUUGUUCUGUCAUACAUUGGCAUUAUUUUCCUUCUUGCGAAUGUAUGCCAACCAUUGCUGGCAAAGGAGAGCAUAUCUCUUGGAUCAGUUUGGAAUAUUACCUUUGCCGUUCUUGUUGCCAAAUGUUUGCAAUAUAAACCUGUGAAGAGAGAAUCAGUAGUGAUAAUGCCAGCUUUUGGGGUUCAGCUAGAGAUACAUUUUUGGAGUGGAAGAGUUGAUCAUCGUUUUGUGCCCAUUGGCAAGAUUCUGAAGCCACUGAUAAAUGAGUGUGUGACACCGGUGACCUGUUACUGGAGCUUGGCACUGCUUUUGCGUGAUGAGGAAGAACUCCUCCUAGUUUUCCAGAGAUCUCGUCCUCCUGUCAAAAUGCUGGUUCCAGUAUGGAAAGCUCUCUGCACGUUGACAAACUCUGAACACCCAAGCCCUUCUCAAAUUUGUAACCGGGACUCUUCAGAAACAUGAGUUAGCUGGGGCCUUGUGUAGAUGUAUGUAUCGUCAGAAGAGGCAUCUGCAGUUGAGCUAGACUAGAUUCAGAUAGGAACUAUUGAUGGUGUGUGCUGAUGCCAUCAUAGACUUGUAACCAGUGAUAGGGGAAUUGAUUGUUAGGAGUGAUUUCGGCUGGAAAUGUAUACGGAUUAACACUAACCAUUUAUGAUCCAUAGUCCCGCGUUCACUUUCAUGCUUUA